AUGAAACUACCGGAAUACCCCUACGGCUACUCGCAGGCGGCGGAGCUGGACUCUAGAAUCCGGAUGCCACGCCCGCCCAUCGACCCGACGCUCGCACCCAUCAUCGACUCAUACCUGCUCCCCGAGGAACUGGAUCUCGGCUUCAUGCGCGGCCUGCCAUCCUCGGACGGAGAUGACCAAGCCCCGUCGUACAAUGCUGGCACCAUUACAGACGGGCGGCCACACCUCAAGCACACGGAGCAUCGCGUCCCCGGGCCCGACGGCAACACAGUCAUCGUGUCCGCGUUCGCGCCCAAGGAGCCCACGUCGGGCGCGCUACCAGCCGUGUACUACAUGCACGGGGGAGGCAUGGUGUCGGGCGACCGCUUCGCCGGAGUCGACGAGCUGCUCCAUCUCCUCGCGGGCAUCGAGUGCGUCGUCCUGUCGGUCGAGUACCGCCUCGCGCCCGAGACGCGCGCCCCAGGCCCAGCCGAGGACUGCCACGCCGGGCUCGCGUGGGCGUCGGGCCACUCGUCACAGCUGGGCAUCGACCCGGCGGCCAUGGUGGUCGUCGGCGUGUCCGGCGGCGCGGCCCUGGCGGCGGCGACGUGUCUCAUGGCCCGGGACAGGCAGUCUCCCGCGACGCCCGUCCGCGCGCAGAUGCUGCUGUCGCCCAUGCUGGACGACCGCUGCCGGAGCGUCUCGGACCAGCAGUUCGAGUACGGCAGCCCGUGGUGCGGCGUCACGAACCGCGCGGCCUGGGCGCACGUUGUCGGCGACGAGGCCCGGGGGUCCGCCGGCGUCUCGCCGUAUCAGUCGCCGGCCCGCGAGCGCGACCUGUCCCGUCUGCCCCAGACCUACGUGGACGUUGGUGAGUGCGAGGUAUUUCGCGAUCCGGCUGUGAGGUUUGCCGCGGACAUGUGGCGGUGCGGCUCGACGUGCGAACUGCAUGUCUGGCCGGGGGCGUUUCACCUGUUUGAUGGCAUGGAUAACCCUGGCGUGGCGCUUAUCCGCGCCGCCAUUGCGUCGAAGCAGGCCUGGCUGAGGAGGAUUGUGCAGCAAUGA